GUUCAGUUUCACCGCGCUCUCUGUUGUUUUGUCGUGAUGCUGGAUCAAUACAAACGGUUAGAAAUGUUUUUUUCUGUAAAUAGAGAAAUACAGUUUUUGGAUCAGGUCAAUAAAUACCUGUGAUAUAGUGACUAAGUUUUGAAGCAAGCAGGAAUAUCUGGAGGAGUAUCAUCUGAACUGAGAUCUGCUGCUGUGAAGAUGGUGUUUGUUAAAGAGGAGAGUGAGGAGAACACGAGUGAACCAGAAACCUGGAGAAUAAAACACGAGGAACAAGGAGAUCAGCUCCUCCCACUGCAUUUACAUCAUCAUCAGUGAAGCUCCACCCACAGUAAUCACAUCAUCAGUGAAGCUCCACCCACACAGUAAUUCAGCAAUAAAUGCUGAAAUAUUCCCAUCGGUUUACAAGUGAAGACGAGCAUCAAAUCAUCAGGAAGAGCUGAAAUCUGCAGAGACUGGGUUUAUUAAAGAGGACAGAGAGAAGAUGAGAGAUCCAGAACCCUGCAGAAUCAAACACACUGAAGAUGAAACAGAGCUGAUGGAAGAGAACGCGGAGAGUGAAGAACUGAGUGAAGUGGAAAAGAAACAUCAUGUCAAACCUGGAGAAAAACCUUUGAGUGACUCUAAUACUAAAAAGACACUUUUAAAGAAAAGAAGAGCCAAGAAAUCUUUCACCUGCAAUCAGUGUGGAAAGAAUUUCUCAAGGAAAGACAAUCUUGUGCUUCACAUGAGAGUUCACACUGGAGAGAAGCCAUUCACCUGCGAAAAGUGUGGGAAGAGUUUCACACAAUCAGCAAACCUUAGGGUACACAUGAGAAUUCACACCGGAGAGAAGCCACACAUGUGUGUUCAAUGUGGGAAGAGUUUCAGAGAAACAUUACACCUUAAAGUACACAUGAGAAUUCACACUGGAGAGAAGCCGUUCACAUGUGAUCAGUGUGGGAAGAGUUUCUCACGCAAAACAAGUCUUAAGCUUCACAUGAGAGUACACACUGGAGAAAAGCCUUUCACCUGCGAAAAAUGUGGGAAGAGUUUCACACAAAAAAUACAUCUUAGGCAGCACAUGAGGAUCCACACUGGAGAGAAACCAUACGCAUGCGAUAAAUGUGAGAAGAGUUUCACAAAUUCAUCACACCUUAAGAGUCACAUGAUGAUCCACACCGGAGAGAAGCCAUUCAUGUGUGAUCAGUGUGAAAAGACAUUCUCAAACAAACAAAAUCUUGAGCAUCACAUGACAGUUCAUACAGGACUGAAGUCGUUCAAGUGUGAUCAGUGUGGAAAGAGUUUUGUGGACUCUUCAAAACAUAAAAGACACAUGAAAAUCCACACCGGAGAGAAACCGUUCACAUGUGAUCAGUGCGGGAAUAGCUUCAAAGAAAAUACAGACCUUAAGAAACACAUGAGGAUCCACACUGGAGAGAAGCCUUAUGCAUGUGAUAAAUGUGGGAAGAGUUUCUCGGAUUCAGCAUACCUUAAGAUUCACAUGAUGAUCCACACCGGAGAGAAGCCGUUCGCGUGUGAUCAGUGUGAAAAGAGAUUCUCAAUUAAAACUAGACUUCAACUUCACAUGAGAAUCCACACCGGAGAGAAGCCGUAUGCAUGUGAUCAAUGUGGGAAGAGAUUCAGAAUCAAAGCAAGUCUUGAUCUUCACAUGAGGAUCCACACCGGAGAGAAGCCGUUCAUGUGUGAACAUUGUGAAAAGAGAUUCUCAAUUAAAAAAAAUCUUAAACAUCACAUGAGAAUCCACACCGGAGAGAAGCCGUUCACAUGCGAUCAAUGUGGAAAAACAUUUUUCUGGGCAUCAAACCUGAAGAAACACCUGACCGUUCAUACGAAGGAGAAGCCGCAUUCAUGUUCUGAGUGUGGAAAGAGUUUUUCACUACCACAAAGUUUAAAAGUACAUCAGAAAAUUCAUAUUGGUGUAAAAGCUUACAUGUGCUUUGAGUGUGGGAAGACUUUUAUUACAGCAAAUCAGUUAAAACGGCACCAGAGGAUUCACACUGGAGAAAAACCUUACAAGUGUUCACACUGAUUCAGUCUGUUAGGACAUCUGAAAGCACAUGAGAGGAUCCACAGCAGAGAGAAGCCACACACGUGUGAUUAGCGCAGAAACAGUUUUGCUUUUAAAAGUCACCAAAAGCUACACACGAAGAUUCAUGCAGUGGAGAAACCACUUUGUGGUUAAAUCAAUUGACCUAUCAGAUUGACCUAUCGGUAAGCCCCACCCCCCUUAGUUACUGUUGCUCCCUUGGACAAACAAACGGAGUUGCUCACUGUCUUACAAUGACUGCUGCAGUGUGAAAACCAUGUCCCACGAUGUUUUUGCACAAUUUUGGACCAAAUGGGAAUUAAAUAUUCCAUGGAGGGAUUUAUAAAAUAUUUAAAAAUAAAUACGGUGGGUAACUCGAAGCAGGGUUUACAGAUCACAAUGCAAGAAGCAGAAGUCUCAUAUUACGGUCGGUCAUCACGAUCGCGGAUGACAGCAUGCAGGAUCAACACUGUUCAUGUAUCGCAGGGUACAAUUAAAUUAAUGUACAUUUAACCAGUUUAAUAUGGAGAGGCACUGAAAUGUAGACCUUCCUUUAUGUGUUUUUGACCUACAUUGUACAAGACGCGAGAACAGUCCGCUGUUUAGGUUUGUACGUUAGCAUGGACUCACUAACUUUAACGUUAGCUAGUUUUUAACUAGCCAGAGAUAACUUGCUAAAGCACAAGAUAACAUUAAUGUUCUGCUUGAGCAGCUGAACAUUAUAACUUAAUGAGUGUAUGACAACCAGAAAAUGAAUGUUUUUGUCUGGUUGAAUACUUAGGGACAUUUUGCUCUGUUUUGUUUGGAUUCAGGAAAUGUAAUAAAAUAAAUGAUAUUGCCCAUCCUGUCAGCAUACCUAGAAUCAGUGUUAUAAGUACCCCAGGCACAUCGUUUUUCCAUUUUUAAAGCAUAAACCCCAUAAAACCGAUGCGAGCUUCGGAUCUUGCAAUGUUUCUCUAUGGCGCUGAAACCUAAAGAUGUCUGAGUCCCGCUCCCCGUGCAACUGAUACUCGACUGCCAUUGGCUAGUCUGCGUUCGAGGGGAGGGGCUUACCGAUAGGACAGCAGUGAACGCAUAUUCAAUCUCCGUUCAUGUAUGAUCACUGUGGAAAGAUUUUCAUUGACUCUGCAAAACAGAAAAGACCACAGAUGAACACAUCCACUCUGGAGAGAAGCCAUUGUGACUGAUGUGGGAAGAGUUUGUGCAUCAGUCCUGAAAAACAGGGCGGUGUGUGUUUAAGUGCAGAAAGUCCUUUAGACGCUGAACUGAAAGAGUACCAGAAAAUCUUUCAAAGUAUAGUUCAGGGAGCAGGGGAAGAGGCCAUAACACUUUUAAGAGAGAUGUUAAUCUGAUAUUUAUUUUUAAAGUUUUCUUCAUUGUUUUUCAUUACAGUAUCUAGUUUCUCUUCCACUUCUUCUCCUCUUCUUCUCUUGAGAUGCUUUGGGUCUUAAAAGUCAGUAAAGAAAAAGAUAUCUCAUUUGGAUUCACUUGUACUUGUUUUUUUGUUUUUUGUUUUUUCUUGCUUCAAAUAAUGAUUGAUUUGAGUCACGAUUCCUUUUAUUAACAACUCCUUGUUAUUGUCCAUUCUUUAUUUUAUGUUAAUUGGAUCAGGAAUAAUUUUAGUUCUGAAAGCCAUGAAGUUGUAUAAUGUUUGCUUUUGGGGCUUUCCAUGUUUUCAUUGUGUCAAUUCAGGUUUUAAAUGCCUAAUAAAUUAUAUGGUAACACUUUACAAGACAGGUGCUCUAAUAUGCAUUGAUUCAUGUUUAACUAAUGAACAGAUAAUGCGGAGUUAACGUAUUACUCAUGAUGACUUAAGCUAUCCAUUAAUGAUUGCAACAUCACUAAAGAAGAGUCUGUCUGAUUAAUAUAUUAGUUUAUAU